AUGGAAGUGUGCAAGUUGUUCAAUAGAUUAGGUUAGUAUGAGUUGGAAAUUGUGAAAUACAAACAAAUGCGGGUUCCAGUGUACUUUGUCGUGGAAAGAUCGUUGGGGGACGUGAAGCGGUUGGAUCCGUACGUCCUGCUGAAGAUUGUGGCGUUGUGGGGCGGAAGAGUGGGUUACCGCAUCAACUACCGUAAUCUUUUCGCCACUUGCAGCUCUGUUUGCUCGUCUUUUUCGCCGCCCUUCUCAUUGUCACCUUCGUCGUCGCGUUUGUGAUAAUACCUGCUGAAUGGAGGUGAGCUGGGUCUCCAGAACCUGAAAAUUUCAUUCUUCAGUGUUUGCGAGAGUGUUCCGUACUUUGUCUUCCGCCUCUGUGUCUCCUUCUUCGUCUACUACAACGUCAUCUUCCACUAUUACAAAGCCCGAACACUGAAGCCGGUCAAGAAUCCCGGAGUGAGUCCUUUCAUCGCUUACAAAGCGAAACAAUCUCUAAACCGUUUCAGAGUGCUCGUGAUCAGUUUUGCAUCAAGUGCAACAGUUGGAAGAGCGCGUCGACGAGUCACUGCAAGGCGUGCGACGCCUGCAUCUACCGGAUGGACCACCACUGUCCGCACAUUGGGCAGUGCGUCGGCGCCCACAACCAGGCAAACUUCUUCCUCUUCCUCUUCUAUCUCCUCGUCGGAACCGGACUCUUCUUCCUGUUCGCACCCAGUUUCUGGUGGGAUUGGAUCCAGGUGAGCUUCUGCAGUGUGCUGUUUGCAGACUCGUGUUGUCGUAAUCACGGUCUCCAGAGCUGA